AUGGCGACGACUCCUGUGUUUCUAAUCACUGGGUGCUCCAGCGGUCUCGGGUACGAAAUGUCUAGAGCCGCGCUUGACCGUGGAUUCAGAGUGAUCGCCACCGCAAGACGCGUCGAAACACUCCAAACAUUGAAAGAGCAAGGCGCCACAAUACUCUCGCUCGAUGUUACUGCCCCCGUAGCGGAUCUGGCAGCCUUCGCACAGACGGCAUGGGAGAUAUACGGACAAGUUGAUUAUCUCGUUAACAACGCAGGGUAUGUCCAAGGCGGCGCCAUCGAAGAAAACACACCGGAAGAAACUCAGAAGCAGUUCAACACCAACGUCUUUGGCGUCCUCAACCUCACCAAUGCAUUUUUACCCUACCUCCGCAAACGACGGUCUGGAACUAUCGUCAACAUUAGCUCCAUGGGCGGCUCAUUAAGCCUCGUCGGGGCCGGCGUUUAUUGUGCAUCCAAAGCAGCCAUUGACUCCUUCUCCGAAACGUGGAGCAAGGAGCUUGCAGAUUUCAGCGUCAGGUGCAUCUCCAUCCAGCCGGGCAUGUUUCGAACACCCGUUUCCAACUCCACAAACUCCCAACGCGGGUCCCGCCAUAUCCCAGAAUACAUCGCCGCCAACGAGACAAUGGUCGGCUACAACGCCCAAACUGGGACAGAACGCGGUGACCCGGCGAAAGGCGCGGCCCGAAUCGUCGAGUUUGUCACGCAGACCAACGAAGAUCUACCAUUUCGCCUUGCGAUUGGGCCCGACGCGUUUGAUAACGUGCGGGGAGCAUUUGAGAAGCGCAUUGCUGAGAUGGACAGGUUCAAAGAAUGGAGUAUGGGGACAGAUUUUGAAGACUACGUGGCCGAUCCUGCAGCUUACACGAUCUGA